AAUGUCAAUGAAGAAAUCAAUUCCUUCAAGCUAUCAAAAAAUAUAAUCAGAAAAUAGGUAUAUCAUCCAAUUACAAUAUCCAAGGUAGUCAUUGUCUAAAUUAAUAAGAGUCUCAAGCAUGACCAAUUUAUCCAACACCAGUACAUGCUGAUACUAUUUAAUAUUAGGUACGGUAGUCAAAUUUUCCAUUAAAGAAUUGCUAGAAAAAUAAAAAAAAGGUGAAAUUACUAAACUCUCUCAAUAAAAAGAAAAUUUUAUCUCUAAAAUUGCUCCAAUCAAAAUAAAAGCAUAAAACUCAAAAAAUAAUUCACCUCGUUUUAGAAUAAAAAUACUUACAAGUCCUCUUAGUACUAAUAGAACAACAUUAUCAAAAUCAUCUUAAGUUUCUCCUUUAAGACCAAGCAAACCUUUAUUAUAUAAGGAUUUCAUCUGUUAAUCAUAACCACAUAUAUAAACCAAUUAAAUUGAAAAAUAAGAUGAAUAUGUAUCCAUUUCUAAUAAUUCUCCAACAAGAAUAGAAAACUUGGAAGACAAUUCACCUACACUUAAUAUCAUAACUAAAAAUAUUGAAAUUGAACAAGAAAAAAUAUUAAAGGAAGAUAUUAAACCUCCUAAGAAAACCAAAAAAGAAUUAAAAGGUUGUUUAUUAAGAGCUUUAAGAAAGCUUAAGGAAAUGAAUAUAAAUACUAAAAUUAUGCUCCAAAAAUAAAUCUUCUCAAAAAAACCAUAUCAAAAACCAAAUUCAAAAGAGUUCAUUCAUGCUGUCAAAUUAAAUCAAUUAGAAAAAGUAAAAUAAUACUUAGAGAAGAACAAAUACAUAAUUUUUGAUUUCGAUUAUUUUAAUAUGACAGCUUUACAUUGGUCUAGUAAAAAGGGAUUAUAUGAAAUGACAGAAUUCCUAAUAAAAAAUCAUGCUGAUGUUGAUGCUAUUGAUAUUUUGAAUAGGACUCCUCUCUAUUUAUCAAUUCAAGAAAAUAAUAUUCCUAUUGUUGAAGUAAAAAUAUAUAGUAGUUUUAUUUUAGUUACUAUUAAGGAAUAAAGCCUAUCCUUGGUCAACAUCUGUAACUGAUUUAAGUGAAGCUGUUGGAGACAAUAGAAGAAUUAGAACAAUUUUAACUUAAAUUAGAAGAGUAAUAUUUUAUAAUUAUUUAUUAGGUUGAUAUAAUAAAUAUGUGGGGUGAAAAAAAAUUGAAGGAAGAAUUGUUUUGA